UUCCGUAUUUCGAGGGCAUUAUAGCAGACAAUUUGUUGCGAAGUUGGGUGUUUUGAGAGAGACCCGACGUCGUGCCCGGGGAUCACGCCUCGUUUUUUGAAGGCGGGUCCUCCUGGGCUCGCCGGGGGAAGUGCGUGGCAGAGACCGGUCAGGCCACGGGGUCAGGUUUUGGAUGGAAAGCGAACGGAUAGAAUCGGUUGAUACAGCCUUUCCCGGCCAGGAUAGAGCACGAACCGACUCGACCCGGUACCGGGCAGCUCGGUUCGGUUCGGUUCGGGUUGUUCGGGUCUUAUCCUCAGAGGACGGACGGUCGCCGACCGGGCAGUCGAGUCAAUGCAGCUAAAACACGGUUCGGAAACUGCCAGAGUGUCGCGCGGGUCGCGCGGCAGCCUCUCUGGUCCACAGUGUCGACGACGCGCGCGCGGACCGGAUCCCUUGGUUGGUAACCGGUUUGGAAAAAACACUGAACCGACACUCAACCGGUCCUUUCGAAGGGUAACCGACCUGAAUAAUAACGCACGUCUAUGCACGGCCGCAGUGACAGGGCAUCUCGCCGGACACGAUCUUGGACGCGGCGCCCGGAUUGGCCCCGGCACGCCAGCGGCGCCACCAACGACGCCACCAUGGCGGCGGCACGCAAGCACCACGACACGCGUGGAGUCGACCAUGGCGAAACAAUCUUGCCCCUGUUGCCGCUGUCGGACAAACCCAUGGUGGUCAGCACGGUCGGAGACAUCUCCCGAGCCAAAGAUGCGGCCGUCGCGCAGUCCACCGUCCCCGCCUUCGACGGCCUGCCCUGGGGCCGCUGGCAGGCCCGGACCACGCUCCUGGCCGGGCUGUGCAAGGUGACGACGGCGUGGCACAUGGCCAUGGUGCUGUACGCGUCCGCGCCCUCGCCGUUCGGAGAGUUCCGGUGCCCGCGGCGAGACGCGGGCCUCAACCACAGCGCCCGCCACAACCAGAGCGUCGACGGCCUGGUCGUCGCCGACGACGACCCUUACUGGGGCUCGGGCUUCCCCACCGCGGCCAACUUCUGGGACUGGACGUGGGAGCCGUGGGUGGCCUGCGACGGGGACUCUGCUGAAGCCAACGCGUCCAACGCCACCGAGUGCACCAACUGGCUCGACCUGCAGACCGUGAACCAAUGGUCCGGGGCGUGCCACCGCCAGUUCGUGGGCGGGUCCUCGCAGUUCUUCUACCUGGUGGGCAUCGCGACGGGCGGCGCCAUCUGCAUGACCCUCCUGCGCCACCUGAGUCCACGCCGCGUGCUGCUGGCGGCGCUCCCCUGCGAGGCCGUGCUCGCCUUCGUCCUGUCCGGCGUCCAGGUGUUCUGGGCACACGCUCUGGUCCGCUUCUUCCUCGCCAUAGCCAGCUCGCACCUGUUCACGGCGGCCGCCGCGUUGAGUGCCGACGUCUGCAUGCCGCGGGCCAAACUGCUCACCCUGAGCUUGUUUGAAAUCUGGUGGUCCCUCGGCAUCAUCUCCAUCUCCGUGUUCGGCAACUUCGCCCUCAACUGGACGUGCCUGCAGGCCAUCGUGUCCAUGCCGUCCUUCGCGCUGGUGCUGCCGUGCGCGCUGCUGCUGCCCGAGUCCCCCCGCUGGCUGGUGUCGCGCGGCCGCCUGGAGGAGGCCGUCACGGAGUGGCAGCGCGGCGCCGCCGCCAACAAGCAGGACAGCCUGCUGCCGCACCGCGCCGCCCUGCUGCAGCGCCUCGCCCAGCAGUCCACCGCCAUGCACUCGCAACGGAAGACGGAGCGGAGCGCGUGGCUGCGGCCCGCCGACGGCCACCGAUGCCGCCACGUGGCCAAGCUGGUGGCGGCGCACAUCGCCUUCGGCUGCAUCACCAACACGUUCUUUGGCAGCAUCCUCAACGUGCGCAACUGGGGCACGCCCGGCAUGCUGGGGCUGUCCGUCGGGGAGGCGACGGCGGGUGUGAGUGGAAUAGUGGGCCUCGUGAUCGGCACGCUGGUGUCGACGCGGACGUCGCGGCCGCUGCUGUGGCUGGGCGUGCUGCUGCUGGCCGGCGGCAUCACGGGCCAGUUCGCGCACCUCGUGCGGCGCACGGAGGACGGCAUCCCGUACGGCGCCAAGGUGACGCUGUUCGCCCUCGCGGAGCGCGUGGCCGUGGCCGCCGCCGUGCCCACCCUCAACAACUGCGUGCCGCCGGUGGUGGCGGCGCCGCAGCGGCCGUCCCUCGUCUUCUCCUGCGUGCUGUUCGGCAGGGUCUGCCUGUUCGCCGCGCCCUUCGUCGGCAACCUGGUGGUCUUCGGCGAGGCCUUCCCGCUGACGGCCUUCGGGCUGCAGCUCAUCACGGCCGGCCUGUGCUCGCUGGCCCUGGCAGUGCUCGCCGUCACCAAGACCCCCACGCACAAGGACGGCGCACUCAAGACUUGACCAGAACCGCACUCAACGAGAAUUUAAAAAUGCGCAUCUGUGUCGUCAACAAAUGAAUGUUCCAGCGGCCAAUGUUGUGGCGAUCUAAUGGCGAUAUUUUUGGAGAAAAUGUGCCAAUGCGUUGUGUUUGUGACGGGUCGGCAAACCACGAUGAAAGUGCCUCACCAUCGGGGCAAACAUUGAUCAAGGCGUUGUGCUGUUUCGAUAUUUUUAACUGAGUGUGUUUAAUAUUGAAAUAUUGUCUGUGAUAAUGAACUUUUUGCUUGUAACAAAAGUCGCACGCGUGCGUUUCUCGCUUUGCACUUUUCGUUAUGAACUAUUAAUAAAUAGAUCAAUAAAUGAA